AUGGACCGCUCAGGAAGGCUUUUCUCUGGCAAUGCUACCCAACAAACAGCCAGUGACGGCUUUGACACACUGGAUAAUCAAUCAGCUUCAGAACAAACCGAAAACGGCCACAACAAUUAUGAUGUACUUGACGUUGUACAUUGCUCCGAGGAAAUGGAUAUUCCCUUUGUCGAAAUUCAUCAUCUCGGAGUCUCUUACGAGGACUCGAGGGUAUUACAUUUUACCGUAGGCAGCGGUCUCACCGCACAGGUUGUGCAGCAUGUUACGACAGAAGAAACCAGCGAAAUAUUGCCGGCAGGCAAGGUACUUGCGCUCAAGAUAUUCACCGCAAGUGCUGCCAAUCAUAGCUCUAGCACGGCCCAGAGCAACGUUUACGCCACCAUUCUCAGGGAAAUUAAGGCCUUCAGAUCUCCUUUAAUUCGGGAACAUGAAAAUAUCGCUCAACUUCAGUUCAUUGCAUGGAACAAAACUCAAGAGUUUCCAAUGAUUGCAAUGGAGCUGGGAAACUAUGGUACCCUUGAUCACAUCAUCCGUAGUAGAGGAAUUGCCUCAGCGCUUUCUUUCCACCAGAAACUACACGUCACUCUGGACAUCGCCGUUGGGCUCCGCGACAUUCAUUUGUCAAGAAUAAUUCACGGCGACCUCAAGCCAGAGAACAUCAUCAUAAGGAGUCAUCCAGAUCCUAACCGACAAGUUGUGGCUAGCCUCCUUGACUUUGGUGGAAGUUCAGAAGCUGCCAGAGACAGGCCAGCACAUUUUACCCCUCUUUGGUGUGCACCCGAAGCUGCUAGCGAGCCUUCACAUCAUGGGCAUAUUGAUUGGAAAAAGUGUGACGUCUACUCUUACGGGCUUGUAGUUGCUAGCAUCUGGGGUCGAGAGCCCUCACAUCAGCUUUACAGCGCUGACGGGUCGGACAGUUAUUUGCAGUCCAGUAUCGUUGCCGACUUAACAGCUGUUGAAACUUUUGCAGAUGAGGCUGAUGUGUUACUUGAGCUUAGAAAGAUGCAAAGUUUAGAUUGGAAAAACUCCAAAAGUCUGACGUCAGUAUUGAGAAGCCAGCUUUUGGCGAAGCUUACGACGAACGCCUUAGAUGUGCCGCAGCUAAUCGGCGUCAUUUUGUCCGUGUUAAAUGCGGACAGCGCACAGCGACCGACCUCUGACAAGGUUGUUCCCAUGCUCGCGCCAUUCUUCAAACAGCUUGGCCGCAUGAUCCCGCCUAGCAUGUUGGAGAGAAUCAUGUCAAUACCAAUGCCAUCAAUACCUUCAGAUGCAACGGACCCCGAACUGUGGGGUAAAGCAUCUAGUUUUUGUAGCGUGUCUGAUGAAGAAGAUACCGAGACAGAUUCCAUGGAAGAGGAUGAGAGACAAUAUAAGCAAGGUUCAAGAAACGCGGUAGACGCAAAAGGAGCGAAGGAAAGGAGAGAAGAACCUACCAUGUCACACAUCACAGAAGACAGGAUAGACAGACAGACUCUCAACAGCACUCGGAACAAUACUGACAAUGAUUCAGAAAAUGAGACAGACGAGCAAACAGACGAGCAGACAGACGAGCAGACAGACGAGCAGACAGACAAGACAGCCGCCGAAGCAGACGACGAGACAGAAACGAGAGAAAAGAAAAGAAGAAAACAGAGGACUAGACAAGCCAAAAAGGAGUUCCAGCAUCACAAAGAAGACCUUGAAACAGAAACAGCAAGUUCUUUUAAUGCCUAUGGGGACCACAGCUCUGUAUCUCAUCAGUCAGGUGUGACCUGCAUCAGCAUUUGCACUACCAAAAAUCGCUUUGAUGUUGGUGAACGCGGGGCUCGUAGCUGGACGCUGGAGUGGCUUCACUUACAGUGGACGUUAGAGUGGCUUCAACUGGGAAACCUGCGGAAAGAUGAUCGUCGAGACAGGCGACAUAGGCGCGAAGAACGCGCUGAUAGCGACUCCUACCAAGCCGGAGACGAAGAUUCCGACAACUCCAUGUCUUCAAAAAGUAAUGGAAGCGGAAAAUUUUGGUCUCAGACCAUACGUGGUCGGAUCCCGAAAGAAAGAGCCUGUUCUCAAGACCCCCAAAGCCCGCAGUCUGCAGGUCGGCCAGUGAAAGAAUACAACGCGGACGACGGGUCAUCUGUCAAUGUUGACAGCGAUAUUCAAAGCAGUGACGAAUUCGAUGAAAUAGAGAGUUAUGGAAGCAGCCAUGGCAAAGACUUUCUAAGGCGUAGCUCGUAUCAUUGGGACAUCAUGUCGUCAGUGACUAGGUGGUGGGAAAAGAAGUCCUGGUGGCAUCUCAAGCUACUGUACCAACUCAAUCCUGUGGCACUUUACGAUAUCAAAAACCCCGUGGAGUACAUUCGUGCUCUAAACGUAGAGGAUAUUUCCAGUUCUGUUCCGUCGGGCCUGUCCUCUUUGGAAUUUAUUGAAGAUCUGCACCGGAAAAGUACAGAAUUGAUGUAUAAGGUCUGGCCUGGAGCCAAAUCUGGCAUUAUGCCGCCAUUGUAUCAACGAAGAAGCCACCGCUCAUUAUACCUAGGUAUGUGUCAUUUGAUGGGCCUUGGGAAGCCGCGGGAUCACAUCCUAGGAGCCUCAUGGAUUGCGGUUGCGGCUAUCCAAGGAUAUGAUCGGGCGAUUUCUCUCUGUCACAACAUGGUGGUUGGAACCGACUUUGAGUCUUUUUUUCCGAGCAGGCUGUUUCUAUGUCUUGAUGCACUUGGAGGAUCAAGAACAGCCAUGGAUAUCCUCGAAAGACGCUGGCCACGUCAUUGGAAAAUGGUCCGAGCUAUUUACCAUGAGAACAACCAAACAUGGUCUAGGUUGGAGUUCAAGAUGCCCUUGCUCGAGUUCUACAAAAAUGUCUCCAUCCCUGGUAAUCUUAUGAAUGCCAGAUUUUCUUCCUUACAGGAUAUUUUUAGGAAGGGCACUCUUCUCGACAUCCAAGGGGGGUUAAAAGGAAUGAUAACGGAGAAGUACAGGCAAAGCGAAAUCCAGAAGGUUGCACCGAGGUUGUUUCAUUUACUUACAUACUCUCCAAUUUCAGACACAGAAGCUGCAGGUAUUUUGCAUCUUGCCAUUGAAGCCGGAGGUCAAUUAGACAAGCUUGCUUAUUUCAGCACCAUCCACUUCAAAGACAAUUGGAGCGGGACGCCAUUACAGGCUUCCAUUUGUGCAGGGCGGCAUUGUCUCGCUAUGGCGAUUCUGGACAUCCACGAAAGUACCGACUUUCCAGUCUCCAAAUUCUCAGAUGCUCUUUUUGAUGCUUCUUCAUACCUUCAAUAUGAGAUCACACAGAGACUGUUAGAUUGGAGUAAGACGAAACCGUGGCUAUGUCGUGAGGGCUCAAAGCUCUGGGAGCGGACAAACGAAAGGCUCACACAGUGUCUCUUGUCGGUGAUCGGUGUUAAUGGGCACCUUCAAAGGCUUGAGGUUGAGCGGUUUGCUAUCCAUGGGAAUAACAUCCAGUUUUUGAGGACCGAAACUUUAUCAUUACUCUUGAGAAAUGGAGCUGAGAUAACUGGUCCUGGUAUCGAUAGUUGUCUGCUUUGUGACGACGUGGAUAGCUUGCGGUUGUUAUAUCAACAUCUCGAAGGGUCAACAGAGAAUCCUGCUGUCGCUCUGCAAAAUCUAUUGCAACAGUUUCAUCACAAGGAAGUCAAGAUUUCUAGCCAAUGUCGAGAAUGGGGUGCCAUUCGAUGCUUCAAUUAUUUGUUAGCCGAAGGCAUCAUUUCGGUUGAUGAUGAUGGUUUUAUGCUCGAGGUCAUUUCCCAUCUUCCAGACAGUGUGAUAUUUAUGACUUCACUGGUGGGUAGAGGCGCUACUAUCACAAGCACAGACGGUAAUGAUUGGAAGGCUUUAUAUGCGGCAUUGUGGGGAAAACAUAUUGAAGCCACAGACAUGUUGGUUCAAUGCUACUCCGAAGAACAGAUCGCUAGAAUAAUUGGAAGAAGUCACGAUGGCGGCUUCAUUUUCCGCUCCCUUUUGGGUUCUUCAAACGUAUCAUUGAAGAGUCUGAAGUGGUUGGCAGAUCGUGGUGCGGCCUCGUGUGAUGGCAGAUAUCAUGAAAAUGGGCCCAUACCUAUCUGGCACGAUAUUCUUGAUCGUCCUAGGCCGACCACAAGAGCACUGCAGCUCGUCGAGUUGAAGAUUAUCGAGUUUUUGCUAGGCCUUGAGGGCUUCCGGGGCAGAAUGAUGACUGAAUCAUGCUCGCCUUGUGGAGAACCAAUGCUGCACCAUGCAGCCAAAAAUGGCCAUUUCGAGGUUGUGCGAACACUACUUCAGCACGGCUUUGACGUCAAUACUCCAUGUAAAGACACCGAUUCGACUAUAGGUUUGCAGAAAACAACAACCCUGCAGUGCGUAUGGUCCAGGUUGAGGGCUGGCUACGUUCCCGAAGAACUGCAAGCCGGCGGCCUACUUGAGAUCAUGAAAUGGCAUCAAAGCCUUAUUGGAGUUGUUGAUUUGCUCAUUGCCGCUGGGGGCACCAGCCAACAGUUUUAUUUGGACCGACUCUCGGCAAUCCAGAACUGGUCAGACUCUCGCGAGAACAACAAGGCUGAACGUGAACCAGUUCACCUUUACAACGGCAAACGUCCUGUAUUGGGGAAGUGGCCAGAGCCGUUACCGUCAAUUACGCCUCCCAGAAACGAUGAACCACUAAAGACAUUGGUUUCUGGAGAGGGCGUAAGCGAUGCCAUUGAAGACGAGGCAGGUUCGAAGAAAAGCAAUUCCGACUCAGCCGAGAGUAUCGAGGACCACGAGAGAAACCUACCCCUGUUGUUCUUGGCAGAGCGGCAACCGGCCAGGGAGGCCAUACUAGCGACACUUUUGCCUGUUAAGAAUGAUUUCUCAAUGCUCAAGCGAGCGGCAGAAAAGGGUGGAAAGACGCUGUCAAGGCUGCCUUACUGGAUUCAUUCAGGACGUAUUACCGAGGGUACAACUACGCCACUCCACAUAUCUGCUCUCAUCAAUGACACUGGUACGAUUAAGUCACUUCUUCAGUAUGGAGGAGUAUACGAUGUUGACGUCGAAGAUGAAUUCGGGCUUACUGCGCUACAACUAGCAGUUAUGGAAUCCCAUGAAGAGACUGUCAGAAUUCUUCUGGAGGGAGGUGCAGAUUUGAACAAACGGGCCACAAAUCCAAUCUUUCAGGGGGUUCGUUCGAUACAUAUCGCAGUGCAAGUUGGAACACUCUCAAUGGUUCAGCUUCUUCUGAAACUGGGUGCAGAUCCAAACACACAAACUCACAAAGAAGCCAUGGGCGGGGCAUAUACUGUGUUGGGCGCCUGCAUCGCAGCACGUGACAAGCCGGACAUCAUUAAUGCGCUCGUUGAAGGUGGUGCCCAGCUUGACCAAUUCGACGAGCCAUAUCAUGCUCCCCUCGCUAUGGCUGUUAUCAGUGGACGGGCCAAGACUCUAAAACUACUUUUGAAUAUAUCGAAACACCCAUGGAAAGGCCCCAACAAUGACAACCUACUCCUACUUGCCUCUCACUAUUCGAAUUAUUCGGUCAUUAAGGUUUUAUUGGAUUUCGCCGUCUCCCAGACAAACUCGCCACAUCUGUCAACAAUUACCAUUAACCCUGUAUCGAGUGACUCGAACGAAACACCCUUGCUGAAAGCGGCUGAAGCAGGAAGCUUGUCCGUAUGCACUUUGUUGUUGAACAGAGAUGCCGAGGUAAAUGCAGUCGGUCGGGGAGGCUGGACCCCCUUUUUUUGGGCUGUCAAGGCUGGGAAACUUAGACUUGUCAAAGCCCUCUUGAAAAAAGGAGCAAAUGCCGAUUGCGUGAGCGACGAUGGAUUUCGACCUCUUGACUACGCUCUCACAGGCGAGAGGAAGAGUAAGAUGAAAGCUAUUGCCAACCUUUUGCUUCAGAACGGUGCGACCUUCACCUUGGCCAUGAUUGAUUUGCAUGGGCCGAGGGCUUUAAGUUGGGCCGCUCUGUCUGGACGAUUGGAUGUAAUGCGAACGAUUCUUGGCCGUGGGGUAGAUGUCCAAAAGCCCUCGGAUUCAUCUGGUUGGACUGCCUUAAUGUCUGCGGCAAAAAGAGCCCGUCUGAGUGCUGUGAGCCUCUUGCUUGACCGGGGAGCGGAUGUAAACGCUUUCACUGUUGACGAUGGACAGACAGCACUGCUUGUAUCGGCUGAAAGAGGGCAUUUGGAUGUCGUGGAGCUCCUGAUCUCAAGCGGUGCCAAAAUCAAGCACCUAAACAACAAGGGGAAAUCUGCGCUUUCGUUAGCGAUGGAUGUCUGUAGUCGUAGCGUCGUCAAUUUACUAAUCAACAGCGGUGCAGAUUGGGGCUCAGAGGCUCAGGAAGAGGACAACCCUUGGUUCUGGGCAGCGAAUAAUGGUUUCUCCGACACAGCUCAACUACUGGUCAACAGGGGAUUCAACGUGAAUGCAGUUGAUGAAAAUGGGAAAACUGCACUAUUUCAUGCGGCGUGGCAAGGUGAUGCGGCCUUUGUUAGUUUCCUGGUCGAAAACGGUUGUGAAAUCGACAAGACGGAUAACGACUCGUCCACUGCCAUCCUAGAGGCAGUUGACCGUCUUGCUGAGCUCUACGGCACAGGACAACGCCAAGAUUCUAGCGAAGAUGCGCCUUUACUUCAAGAGUUGUGCGCUACGUUAGAAGUUUUCCGAUCUCGGGGAGCCAACACAAGGAUUUUAAACAAGUUCGAUUACUUGGAAAGUCUACAGGAGGGGAAAUGGUCGGUCGUUAGGGUACGCCGCGAUAAUAGGGAGGUUUACUGGGAAUUUACAAGUGCAAACAUCGGCCUUAGAGUGAGCGAUUACAGUUGGAGAGCUUGGCACCCACUGAAAGCAAUGAAGAUUAAAAUAUAA